AUGAUGACAAGUUCUGUCGUUAAUCUCGUUCAAGCAAAACACAAUGCACCUACGGAAGAAUUAACGAGUAUGCUCGAGGCAUUACCGUCGAGUGAAAAUUCACAGGAAAAUCGAGAAGAAUCCGCAAUAUUCGAUGAUGGAAACGAAUCAUCAAGUGGUUUGAUAAAUCGAAUACGAAGAAACUCCGUACAUUCGUCACAAAUAAUAACCACUGCUGAUUCAUUAAAUACCAUAGUAGCUGAUGACUCGACCAGUUAUUAUUCGGCUGACGAUGAUACAACGACUAGUGGAACGAACUCGACACACACUGCGGCGAAUGCAACUAAUGAAGAGAACGAAUCAGAAAACAAUCAUGAAAAUGACGAAGAAAUACAUAUGAAUUUACUAAAGAGUAAAUCGAAACAUAUGUUUGUUCUCAGUGAAAAUGGAAAACCAGUCUUUACGAGAUAUGGUGAUGAAGAACAUCUAAUCACGUUAAUGGGUGUAAUGCAAACCCUAGUGUCAUUUGCUGAAUUGACUGAUUCUAAUCAAUUAAAUUACAUCAAAGCUGGCCAAUGUCGCAUAGCAUUCUUGCAUCGAGAGCCUUUAAUAUUCGUUCUCAUCUCUCAUACGAAUGAACAUCCAUUGUGUUUAACUCAACAAUUAACAUAUACCUAUCAUCAAAUCAUUAGUACGUUGACAUUAAGUCGUAUUCAACAUAAAUUCCAUGUGCAACCUAAUUUUGAUUUACGUCGUUGGUUAUCCAAUGCCGAGAAAAAACUCAUAAACAAUAUUAUUGAUAUGUACGAACGCGAUCUAGGGAUGGUAAUGACUUGUGCCAAAUGUUUAAUGUUACCUACCAAUGUUCGAAGUCAAAUCGGACAAACAGUCGCACAGACCAUUCGGGGACAAAAGGAUAUGAUAUUUGCUAUUAUUCUCACUCAUGGUCAUCUCGUAACUAUUGCACGUCUGAAAAACUAUCAUCUGCAUCCAUCAGAUCUUUAUCUACUUAUAAAUCUUGUCAACAGUUCCGAUGCAUUCAAAGGCGUCGAAUCUUGGGUGCCAGUAUGUUUGCCAAGAUUUGAUUCUGGAGGAUGCCUUCACGCACAUAUAUCAUACUUAGAUGAUAGUUGUGAUGUAUGUCUGGUAUUAAUGACGGUGAAUCCUGAACAUUUUCAAAUACUCUCAGAGUUUAGACAGAAAAUCGGAGAAAAAUUGAAAAAGAUCAAUGCGCUUGUACAAAUUAAAACUGCACUAGGCAAAGAUCGUCUACUAACGGAAGAAAUCGCAUGCAGUGAAUUACGCUAUUUCGCUUACAAAUCACGUGGUUUAAGUCAAUAUACAUCUUCGAAGUUGUUAACACCGUAUACAACUCGAGAACAACAUGUUCGAUUAUUUGAAUUGAUUCGAUAUGUCUACGGACGUUUACAUGAUCCAAGUCAUCAGUUGAAAAUCGUUUACUUUACUGGAGAACAUGAAGCGUUAUUAGGAUGGUUGGCACCAGGGUUCGAACUGCAUGCUGUCUUUUCACCGUUGGUUACGUUAGAAACAGUAACUGCUUGUAUUGAUCGUAUAUUAACAUAUAUAAAACGCGAUGAAAGUCAAUUGUUUAUAAUGAAAUGCGAAUAUUUUUGA